AUGAAAGAGGCCAGUGCUUUGACGUCUGCCUUCUGGGUAGGAUUGCAUGAUGUAAACGGUAGCAAUACAGAUGGUAUAUUCAAAUGGUCAGACUGUAGCGCCAUAACAUCUUCAUACUGGUCUACCACAACACAGGCGAACGGUGAAUUCUGUGUAUCUGCCAGUCAAGUUGAUCUGUUAUGGACAAUUCGUCCUUGUACAGACAAACUGCCUGCUGUAUGUGAAAAUCGCGAACCAUGUUCUUGUAAAAUUAUUUUUGAUUCCACACAGUGUGCUAAUUUGGAAACCUCUGUAAGCUCAACAAAAAUUGGACUAUCAGAGGAGGACUGUCAGACUCAAUGUCUCCUGCAUGUCCGUUCUAAUGAGCAGUGCUGGGGUCUAUCUUAUGAUACUACCACAUCAACUUGUAUUCUACAUGAAAGACUACAGGCAAAAACAACUUGCACCCUCCCUCACAGAUAUUAUAGGAAAGUCUGUUUUUCUUAUCGUGCCAAUCCUUUCCCACGUAUAAACACCACUUACACCAACACUGACGUGAACCCAGAUUCUGUAUGUACCACAGGUGAUGAUCCUAUUGAUUCUAACAUUGAUUGUAAUUACACACUCUCAGUGGACAUUUCACCUGCAACAACACCAGCAUGUUCCUGUCCUUCAUGUGGAUCAGAGGUCUCUGGUUUACCUGAUUUUUGGGGUAACAGUACAUUACAAGAACAAAUUGACUGGCUUGUAACAAGCCUGAAAGUAGAUAAAUCUAAUACUUCUAUCAUGCGCAGAAGGAAAUACAGUGCUACCGAUUCUCGUAUGACUGCAGCUAGUAUUGGUUAUGCAGGAGCUGCCAUUUUAAUACUGAUUGUUAGUGGUAUUGUUAUUUUAGAUUUGAACAGACUAUGGAGAGAUAUUAAACAGGCAUUUAAAGGAGUACACAUGUACAUAUUACAAAAAAAGUGAUUCCUUUCCACGAAUUGCAAACCAGGGGUUAUUCCAGAAAUAAAUGAUGAUGAUUUCCAUUACAAAUAUAUAUAAAUUUUGUAUUAAAAUUUCUUUAGUUUUA